CCCUGUGAUAGUCUGGUGACCUGUCCAGGAUGUACCCUGCCUCUCGCCCAAGGUCAGCUGGGAUAGGCUCCAGCCCCCCUGCAACCCUCAAGAGGAUGAAGCGGUUAGAAGGCGGAUGGAUGGUUUUUUUUUUUGAAAUGGAUGGACACCACCAGCUAUUUAAACCCAGAAACUGCUGAACAUCAACGACAGGAGCAGCCUGAGAAGAGUUUUUGUGACACAAGUGAUCUUAAGACGAUUAAAAUCUUUCCAAGUCCUGGCACAGAAUUCAAUCCUACUGCAGAGGAUCUGCUCAACACGUUCUUGCCUUUUGGAUGCGUCAUUAGUGCUCAGAAAACAGUGAAAGAUGGACUCGUGUGGGGCAGGGUGACUUAUUCUAAUGCUCAUGAUGCUGCCAUGGCCGUAAUGAAACUGCAAGGGGCCGAAGGAUUCAUUGUGAGUCUGUUACACCACAGAGAGGCCCACAAGCAUGAAAGAUCGGAGAGAGCCAGUGACAGACCACCCUGUGUCCAACAGGACAGGUUUAGUAACAUGACACAACAGAGGAUACCCAGUCUGCUGGGCAAUCCACCAGUUUACGACCAGGAUGUGUGUCUUCAUAUUCAGAACUUGCCCGUACAUUUCCGUCAAAGGCAAGAGGUGCUCAGCCUCCUCCCUCCGUGCACGACCAAUGUGAAGGUGGAGCAGAAAGGAGCCCUAGUGACACUUCCUGACUGCUUCACUGCCUUGUGGCUCAUGGAUUUUUUAAACAACUUCUACACUGGCUCCAAACGCCUCUAUGUUUCCUUUGCCAAUAAAGGACGAGGGAUGCACCCCAGAGAGAGGAGAGCCCUGGGACAACGCCAUCAAUGGCACCAAGAGUCAAACUCUUUUUGAGUGAACUGAGCUAAAUUCAUUGAAAACACACAAGGUGCUGUGAAGAGUUAAACUUCAGUAACAACUCAUGGACCCUAGAAGACGUUGCUAGAGAGAGGACUCCAAUCAUGAAAACACAGUUUAGGAGCAGCCAGACAGAGUAAGA